UGUACGAUCCAAUGUGAAUCACCCAAUAAACCCAGAAUUAGAACAAAAACCAAAGGGUCCUCGCUUGGGAAUUUCCUUGCAACGAAAGGAGAUAUUGACUCAACGAACAUUCUACCUAUUCACCUGAUUCUUGGACGAUUACCUAGGUGCCUUCGGAAUACUUUCGCACCUUAGCUAAGAAUACCCCCCGCGAUAGUAGGCAUGGGACAAACACCAUAGCUUCUCGCCCAUUCGCUCGCCCUCAAACGAACCAUCUCUCGCAUACUGGCCGGCCUUUUUUUUCGAGUACAAUGUCGUUUACAAAUGCUCCUGUUACCCGCGGCCUGGUGCUAGGCCUGGUCGUUACGUCCAUCGCUGCAACCCUGUUCGAUGUUAAGCACUACUUCUAUCUCUUGAUCGAUCCGCACAUCUUGCGAUAUCAUCAGCCAUGGAGGGCACUAUUGUUUCAGCUAUGCUACACCAACUCAUCCGAAGUUCUAUUCGCAGCCAUGUGUCUGUACAACAUGCGCAUCAUUGAGCGAAUCUGGGGCUCAAGAAAAUACGCAUCUUUUGUCGUAGUAGCAGGUAGUCUCACGACUCUCAUUCUACCUAUGCUGGUUCUCGUUCUCAGAACACUCACCUUCGGGGCUUUCAACUACCUCCCAGCGGGGCCUACGCCUAUACUAUUCGCCAUACUCGCGCAGUACCACGCCGCCGUUCCCCACGUAUACCAGUACAGGCUUGCGCUCUCUGCCGCUCCGCCAACAGAUGAGCAAUUCGUUGGAGUGACUUUUUCGAACAAGUCGUACAAGUACUUCUUGGCAAUUCAGCUCGCCCUCUCCCAGUGGCCCGGAUCCCUCCUAGGCGCGGUAGUAGGCUGGACUGUCGGCUAUGCGUGGAGGACUGAUUUGCUCCCUGGAUCUCUUACGAAAUGGAGGGUUCCCGGAUGGGUGGUGGGGAUCCGCACGACGAGGAGAAGGCAGGAGUUUGACGGCCUCAGGAGGCGGCUUGAGGAUGAAGACGUCACUGGGACUGCUUCAGGAUCACAGGUUGCUCAAGAUACUGAUGCUGGACGCCGCAGGACCGUCGGCCAGCAAAUAUUUGACGAGUUUCGAGGGUCGUUAUGAGUAUGCGUCUAACGUACAAGUCAAGCUAUUACUUCUUUCGAGCUACUCAAAGCAUUUUUUAUUGCC